GUCGCUCAUUCAAUGUUCGGUAAUAGUCCGGUUCGACCAUUCAUGCAAGAGAUUGCCUCUCCUACUCCUACCCAACUUUUUCUACCUUAUUAGUUGUCUCUUGUUUUGUCUUCGUUAUUCAAUGUCAAUAGUAACCACUUAUCUCACACUACUAAAAGAAAAUCCAAUCAAUUGGGCGUUACUUGCUAUUCUACUUUAUCUCGUACGAUGCUUUACAUUAUCUAGACAGCUAAGACAUCUUCCACCCAAACAUCCAACUGUGCAUGUCUUUAAGAAUUAUACCCCUCUCGAUUUACUGCCAUUCACAGGGGAAAACGAUACGCGUAUUCUCAUCGCUGUGAAUGGUUCCGUCUAUGAUGUCAGCCAAGGAAGAAGCUUUUAUGGACCAGGUGGCCCAUACGCCAGCUUUGCAGGACAUGAUGCCUCACGUGGACUAGCAAAGAACUCAUUUGAUGAUGACAUGAUGGUUGAUCCAAAGGGGCCAAUAGAUAAACUAGAGGAUUUAACAUCAGAUGAAUGGGAGUCUCUAAGAGAAUGGGAGAGUCUAUUUGCUUCCAAAUAUCUGUUGGUUGGAAAACUGGUAGAGAAUAGUACAUCUUAA